CUCAGGAGCUCGUGUCUGAGUCUGUCUGUGGCUGCUUCCGCCUCUCUCUCUUUCGGCAGCUCGAGGAUUCUUCCGUCUCUCUCACAGCUCAAACAAUCCUGUGCGUAAAGUCAGGCACGAGCCAACUCGAACGACCCUCCCCACAGCAGCGGCUCGCGCUGUGAACCCUCUCCCUGUCGAAGCUCUCGCGUCAACUCAAUCCCUCUCAUAUGGAGCUCGUCGCUGCUUUCGCCGUUGGCUUCUCCAGUCUCACUCUCAGAUCAAGAUCCCUCCGCGUACAAUCUGACACACCAAAAAUAAAGUUGAACUCGGUCAGUUUGUCGUGUUUGAGCUCUUAACAUUCACGGACUCGAGUGAUUCUGUCUCAUAACCAGAAAUCCUCCCGUUGAGCCUCACGAAGACCUUUUUCAAAAUGUGCUGAAGUCUCCUCUCUUCAGGCUGUUUCCGUGUUUGCCUCUAACGUAAAAUCACACGCUCUCCUGCUCGGCUCUCGCUGCGUUAACUCACUCCUCACUGGCUGCUUCCAACUUCGGGGAGCCGGCUGUCGGGCACGAGCUCUCUCUCUCACAGCCUCCCUCUCUCUGUGUGUCUGACCAGCCAAUGAGAACAUGUUGAUCUGUGUCUUCACGGUGCCGGCUGUAGCGAGGCUCCCUCUUUCUCACAGCUGGGAAAAAAGGCCGAAUCUGAAAGAGCAGACUCCUCCCAAACGAGAUUCUGCCUCUCACUGCUCACUGAGAGAGAGAGCUCGUGGCCAAUAGCCGGCCCCGUGAACACUGAAGCAGCCAACGAGGAGGAGGGAGUAACUAUCCCUCCGAGAGCCGAGCAGGAGAGCGAGAGAGAAACAGUCUGAAAGAAGAGAGGAGACUUCAGCACAGUUUGAAAAAGGAAAGCAGUCUUCGUGUGGCUCAACGGGAGGAUUUCUGGAAGAGAAAUAUGAUGGGUGAUCUUUUCGAGACAAAAACACAUGAGGCAGAGGGAGAAAAGUUCCUCAAGUAUCAGGACUUCACGGAGGCCUAGCUGUCGAUACGAUAUUAGGAGACCGAGUUCAGUUUCCAGAGACUGAACAGUGCAGCGAGAGAGGAGCGACACUUCAGCACACUUUGACAGGUGGAAGCAGUCAGCCUGUGGCUCGUCUGGAGGAUGUCUGGAAGCCGGCAGCAGGUUACAAAGACCGGAUGAGUCCAAACGAGUCCGUGGUCUUAAACAGGAGCGACAUCAACGACCAGGGACUGUACGGGCUAACCUGCGGCUCAGAGGAGAAACGUAUCCAUCUGAAUGUCAUCACAUCCUCGGAGAAAUCAGUGCCUGAGGGACAGGCUGCUGGUUUUACCUUCCACUACUUUACUGCAGGAGAACUCGGGAGGUACAGAGUGGAGAGAAACACACAGCUUGUGUUUGAUCUGGACCUCUCCUCCGGAAGCACCUCACAGGGCUCAGGGUUUGAGAACAGAACAUCUGUAGCCCCUCACUGGAGGUCAGAUGGAGACCUGACUCUGACCCUGCAGGGGGUGAAGCCCGAGGACCGAGGAGAUUACUUUCUCUACGUCCUCAAGGACAGAAAGAGGGGACAUCUGCAGGCUGUGAGGAUGAGGGUCAGCCCUGCACUGAAUACACCAGAGGAGAGGAACCCGGAACAGAUCACCUGCACCCCCCAGCCACCACGCAAGAAGACCCUGUGGAUCACCAUCGCCAUCAUCGCUGCUCUGGUUCUGGUUGCACUUGGUGUUGUGUGUAGGCAGAGGAUCUGCAGAUCAAAUGUCUCAUCCGGUGGAGGAAGAUCUCUGACAGAAGAGGAGAGUCAACCCAUCACAGACCCUCGUGUUCCAGAAGAGAAUGGACACGCUUCAUUAGCUUAAUAUUUAUUUAUAAUGUCUUUUAUUUUCACUGCACUUUCCCUUCGAUGUCACACUUUUCCCCUCUCUCUGGGAAAAUAAGGGAUUCUGAAUCUGAUCUUUUGCUUUGCCAAUAAAAUAAUAAAAUGUAUUUGUGUUGUGUUUGUGUGCUGGACUGGAGGUGAAUAUAUUUUCUCCAAAACAUUU